CUUUUCUGAGUCUCCAUUGGUGAGCGGCCUUUCGGCAGUUGCCGGGACAUGGCCGAGGACGGCGGCUGGCGGCCGCCGCGCCCCUGCGAGGCCUACCGCGCCGAGUGGAAGCUCUGCCGCAGCGCCCGGCACUUUCUGCACCACUACUACGUCCACGGAGAGCGGCCGGACUGCGAGCAGUGGCGGCGCGAUCUGGCCAGCUGCCGCGAAUGGGAGGAGCGCCGGAGCGCCGAGGCCCAGCGGUCCCUCUGUAACAGCGAACGUUCAAGAGUCCAGGCAGCACAGAAACAUGGACUGGUGUGGACCCCAAGGCAGAAGCCCCCUGCAGACUGGCACCUCCCUCUGCCAGAGGAGGAGAACGACAAGUGAUGAAUGCCUCUGUGUGGUUGGGAUCUGUUGCAGUACCCUAAGGACUGUGCCCCCCCUGCCUACCUCCCCUUGCACACACACACACACACACACACACACACACACACACACACACAGAGUCUAGAGCGUCCCUGACAUGGAAGACAGAGUGAAGUGUUUCCAUCCUGACCCCCUACCCCUCACCUUGUACAGAGUCCCCCAUUAUUUCUGUGCUCUAAAUGACAAUUGUGUGCACCUGGAGUUAAGUACCACUGGAAGUCUCAGAGCCGCCUGGCCAGGCAGGUUCCACUCACCCCGAGAAAUGCCAUCCUGAGGGGUAGAAGUAUCAGGUAUACUAUUCACUGGUAGACCUGACCCCUGUGGACAUGAGUGACUAAAUGACUGUUUUGUGGUGAAAAGAUUUUCUGGUCCCCGCUUGGCGAUGGGUUCCCAUUGCCAGCGGCCGUGGUGUCCCUGCCGCUGAGACCCAUAUUUGAAGUUCCUCCGCAGUAGGCUGGCUCAUGCCUCUGGGCUGACACAUCAUACCUCCUGGGCUUACAGUAGGAAUGUUGGAGACUUCUUUCUGUUUUUGUUUUUUUUUUUUUUUUCAAUGCUUAUGGCUACACAACAUGUGAGAUAAAAAAUGGUUAUUAAGCAUAGAGCCAGAAGUAAGUCCAGAGCACUGCUGGGUAUGAAACCCCCUCCAAAAAAAAAAAAAAUGAAAGAAAGAAAGGUUAACAGACUCUUGGCUUAAAAAGGCAAUCCCCAACCCAGAGAAAUAGUUCCUGGUUUCUCAUGUAGGGCCCCAAAUUCAAUCUCUGAUAUCACAUGGUUCCUGGCACCACUCAGAGUGGCCAGGGAUAGAUCUCAGUGGUAGAGUCCAGGUUCAGUCCCUAGAACCACAAAACAAGGAAAGAGAAAGAAUAAAAUGUAAGUAGGAGAUACAUGAAACUUUGAUCUUCCCUCAAAAUUUCCUCUGGUCAUUUUUCAGGAAAAUGGGAUUUAUCAAAAAUCACUUCACUUACUGAUUCCAAAUAGAAGCUGAAAAUUGGGUGCACAACUCAUUUAACUUUUUCAUUCAUUUUUGUCCUCUGGUAUAUUAGAAUUUUUUAUACCUAGAGGUUUUAAAAAUUGAUAUGAUAUAUGUGAACCAAUGAAAACUAAUACUAUGAAAGGACACUGAAUGAAUGACCAGUGGCCUCCUGCUUCUUUUCCUCACCACCAGGGGGCCCUCAGCACUAGGUCUCAACAUGACCACAAGUUGUGAGUCAAAUAUCUAUGCAUUGAAUCUUGGGGGCAAAAUAGUCCAUCUCUUUAGAAGGGCCAUACAUCAAAGAAUAAAACUCCUCUUAUGCUUUA